GUGAAAGCGAAGAAGACCCGCAAGUUUGCCCUGGUCAAGCGCAUGCUGAAUCCCAAAGACAUCAGGCUAAAAGAGAACCAGCUGAAGCAGAAACAGAAGGAGGAUGCCGAGAAGGAGAAACUGGUCAAACGAGCUCCCCAGGUUGCUUCGUCUCUCUUCCUCCAACACAAUACGGCACUAGUGCCCCCGUAUCGUGUUUUGAUUGACACCAAUUUCAUCAACUUUUCCCUCCAAAAUAAGCUGGAGCUCGUCAGCGGGAUGAUGGACUGUUUGUAUGCAAAGUGCAUCCCUUGUGUCACUGACUGUGUAAUGGCGGAGUUAGAGAAGCUGGGCCACCGCUAUCGUGUCGCACUUCGCGUGGCGCGAGAUCCGCGGUUCGAGCGCCUCGCGUGCUCGCAUUCCGGCACCUACGCAGAUGACUGUCUCGUCCAACGCGUGACCUCACACAAGUGCUACGUCGUCGCAACCUGCGAUCGCGAGCUCCGGCGGCGUAUACGGAAGAUCCCUGGCGUUCCGCUCAUGUACAUUGUCCGCCGGCGAUACGCAAUCGAGCGGACUGCCGGACCAGGGCGCGCCGCUCUGAGGAGACGAUGUGAAAAGGGUGGGAUGUGA